UAGCAAUGUACCAUAUGGUUAUUUUGUGAAAUCAUCAAUACAUGGUAUUAAUAAGGGUAUUGUUUUUAAUACAUAAACAGCUUUUUUAAAAUUUGGCAAUAAAAUUCAUUUGUUGAUAUUACUAAAGUAAUAUGAAUCGUUUUGUUUUUUCAAAUUUUUUAUCAAUCAAGACAUCGAGAGUAUUUGUACCUUUACGUAGUGUUGGUCUGCGUGGGCAAGAUGCACCAUUUAGUGGAACUAUGGCUGAAGUAAAAGCAAAAUUGAUAGACCAUUUCGGCUUAGAAGAAGGAUAUAAACCAGUACCAAAAUCUAGAGAACACUUAUUAAAACAUGUUCCAAAACUAGAGGACUUACCACCUCGUUCUAUGCAGGAGUCGUUUACAUAUGCUAUAAUUCCUUUUAGCGUUGAGAAGACUUUACAGGAUAAAUAUGUUGCACUUUUUGGUCAUAUCAGAAUGGGAAGGCUAAUGGAAGAUAUGGAUUUAUUUGGUGUAUGGCUCUGUUACAAACAUUUAAAGAUUCCAAAACUACCUGAAGGCGUACACAUGCCAUAUACGUUUGUUACGAUAUUAGUUGACAAAAUAACUUUUACCGAUAUACAAACCGUUAUAACAGAGGAUAUACGUCUAUCUGGGCACAUAUCUUGGGUAGGGCGCAGUUCAAUGGAAGUUGUUGUGUGGUUGGAACAGAAGGAAAAGGAUGUUUACAAGAAAAUCACACGCGCUCUGUUUCUUUUUGCAGCGCGAAAUGCAACAAACACUAGUGCAGCACCUGUAAACCCAAUAUUACCAGCUAGUGACGAAGAAAAAUCUAUUCUUUCAGGAGGUGAAAAACGUAAAAAAAGACGUCAAAAAGUAGCAGAGGAGUCCAUUUUUAAGGUGCAACCAAACGAUUGUGAGCAAUCGAUAAUGUACGAACUGUAUAAACGUACCACACCGUUGCAAACAAUGGAACUUAAUGUGCGUUCUUUACCAAAGAAUUGCCGUUGGAUGUCAGAUUCAUAUAUAGUAAAUACUUUUCCCUGUUUUCCUGAGUAUCGGAAUGCUCAGUAUACAGUAUUUGGUGGAUUUCUUAUGCGGAAUGGGCUUGAAAUAAGUUGGGUAGCAGCAAGGCUUUACAAUAAGAGCCCAGCGAAAAUAAAGCAUAUAUGUGAUAUCAGUUUUAGAAGUCCUGUGAGCGUUUCUUCGUUUAUAAAAAUGGUUGCAUAUGUUGUUUACACACAAGAGCAGUAUAUAGAAGUGAUGACAGUAGCUGAUAUUUUAGAUUCUACAACCGGUGAACAAAUGACAUCAAAUAUAUUUUAUUACACUUUUAAGGCACCAUCAGCUGUACCAGAAGUCUUGCCAAGAUCGUAUCAGGAAACAAUGUGGUAUAUACAAGGGCGCAGAAAAUUUAGGUACUCAUUGGGUAUAGAUGAAGAAUGAGAAGUGUAUUAAUCAAAAAUCUAGAUUCUUAUAAAUUAUCAAUAUAAAACAAACAUUUUUUUCUAACACAAAAUUUUGAUAUCA